GAUUUCACAACUGCCCGAAAUUACUUCGAGUUGGAAUUGAUUCAAGCCAAACAGGCAGGGAACAAGCAUGGAGAAGGCAAAGCAUAUACCAACCUUGGCGUUGCGUAUUACUCUCUCGGUGAUUAUCAAAAAGCAAUCGAAUUUCAUCAGCAGUCCCUUAGUAUCGCAAAAGAGAUUGGAGAGAAAGGUUCAGAAGGCAAAGCAUAUACCAGCCUUGGCGUUGCUUAUAUAUGUCUCGGUGAUUAUCAAAAAGCAAUCGAAUUUCAUCAGCAGUCCCUUAUUAUCGCAAAAGAGAUUGGGGAGAAAGGUUCAGAAGGCAAAGCAUUUACCAACCUUGGCGUUGCGUAUGGAUGUCUCGGUGAUUAUAAAAAAGAAAUCGAAUUUCAUCAGCAGUCCCUUAGUAUCGCAAAAGAGAUUAGAGAGAAAGGUUCAGAAGGCGAAGCAUAUACCAACCUUGGCGUUGCGUAUGGAUGUCUCGGUGAUUAUCAAAAAGAAAUCGAAUUUCAUCAGCAGUCCCUUAGUAUCGCAAAAGAGAUUGGAGAGAAAGGUUCAGAAGGCGAAGCAUAUACCAACCUUGCCGAUGCGUAUAGAUGUCUCGGUGAUUAUCAAAAAGAAAUCGAAUUUCAUCAGCAGUCCCUUAGUAUCGCAAAAGAGAUUGGAGACAAAGGUUCAGAGGGCAAAGCAUAUAACAACCUUGGCGUUGCGUACGGAUGUCUCGGUGAUUAUCAAAAAGCAAUCCAAUUUUAUCAGCAGUCCCUUAUUAUCGCAAAAAGGAUUGGAGAGAAAGGUUCAGAAGGCAAAGCAUAUACCAACCUUGGCAUUGCGUAUGGAUGUCUCUGUGAUUAUCAAAAAGCAAUCGAAUUUUAUCAGCAGUCCCUUAUUAUUGCAAAAGAGAUUGGAGAGAAAGGUUUAGAAGGCAAAGCAUAUACCAACCUUGGCGUUGCGUAUGGAUGUCUCGGUGAUUAUCAAAAAGAAAUCGAAUUUCAUCAGCAGUCCCUUAGUAUCGCAAAAGAGAUUGGAGAGAAAGGUUCAGAAGGCAACGCAUAUACCAACCUUGGCGUUGCGUAUGGAUGUCUCGGUGAUUAUCAAAAAGAAAUCGAAUUUCAUCAGCAGUCCCUUAUUAUCGCAAAAGAGAUUGGAGAGAAAGGUUCAGAAGGGACAGCAUCUACCAACCUUGGCGUUGCGUAUGGAUGUCUCUGUGAUUAUCAAAAAGCAAUCGAAUUUCAUCAGCAGUCCCUUAGUAUCGCAAAAGAGAUUGGAGAGAAAGGUUUAGAAGGCAAAGCAUAUACCAACCUUGGCGUUGCGUAUAGAUGUCUCGGUGAUUAUCAAAAAGCAAUCGAAUUUCAUCAGCAGUCCCUUAGUAUCGCAAAAGAGAUUGGAGAGAAAGGUUCAGAAGGCAAAGCAUAUACCAACCUUGGCGUUGUUUAUGGAUGUCUCGGUGAUUAUCAAAAAGCAAUCGAAUUUCAUCAGUAGUCCCUUAUUAUCGCAAAAGAGAUUGGAGAGAAAGGUUCAGAAGGCAAAGCAUAUACCAACCUUGGCGUUGCGUAUGGAUGUCUCGGUGAUUAUCAAAAAGCAAUCGAAUUUAAUCAGCAGUCCCUUAGUAUCGCAAAAGAGAUUGGAGAGAAAGGUUCAGAAGGCAAAGCAUAUACCAACCUUGGCGUUGCGUAUUACUCUCUCGGUGAUUAUCAAAAAGCAAUCGAAUUUCAUCAGCAGUCCCUUAGUAUCGCAAAAGAGAUUGGAGAGAAAGGUUCAGAAGGGACAGCAUAUACCAACCUUGGCGUUGCGUAUGGAUGUCUCGGUGAUUAUCAAAAAGAAAUCGAAUUUCAUCAGCAGUCCCUUAGUAUCGCAAAAGAGAUUGGAGAGAAAGGUUCAGAAGGCAAAGCAUAUACCAACCUUGGCGUUGCGUAUGGAUGUCUCGGUGAUUAUCAAAAAGCAAUCGAAUUUCAUCAGCAGUCCCUUAGUAUCGCAAAAGAGAUUGGAGACAAAAGCACAGAACGAAAGUCAUACAACAAUCUUGGUCUUGGUUUUCAAAAUCUUCAUGAUUUCCCUAAGGCUGAAGAGUGUUAUGAAUCCAGUAUAAAAGUGUUUGAGGACAUGAGGUUCCUUCUUCAAGAGAAAGACGAAUGGAAAAUCAGCUUUCGGGAUCAAGUAAAAACGUACAGUUCUUUGUGGAUUAGUCAGUUACGACAAGGAAAGACCAAAGAGGCUCUUUUCACAGCUGAGCGGGGACGAGCGCAAGCUCUCACGGAUCUUAUGGAAUCACAAUUUGGUGCAAAAUCGACUCCAACAGCACCAAAAGAGACGAUAGAAAGGAUAACUAACAUUUCAAGUCUUCUUUCAUCGCCUACGGCAUUUCUUGCGGCAGCAAAUGAAACGGUGCAUUUCUGGGUAAUGUAUAAAGGACAGGAGUGCCAAUUUAUGGAAAAGAAAAUCAAUGGUACCUUGAAAGAUAUGACUGACAAAACUUUUGAACAAAUUCGGGCUACUGAACCUGCCAAGUGCGAAGAUCGCUCGCUGGAUUAUCCAGACGAUGAAACAGUUGAAGAUUUAUCCGAUAGAGGUAAAGAUGAAAAAGAACUACAUCGUCACCAGCUGGGAAUGAUACUUUAA